GGCUCUCCCACACCCUGUUAAUGCUGGGAAUGGUGAGAGCCUGUUGCCAGGGUGUGGCCCACUGCUUUGUCUUCGAACUCACCUGGAGAGGUCACCCAUUUAUCAGGAACUGCUUAACCCUCACCUUGAAGGGAAAAUCCCUUAAUAACACCACAGUCACAGAGAAGGAAAUGUGUUAAAUGGAUCAUUUAUGUCAGUAUUUCUGUGUGUGUUGGGGAGAGGCAGGCCUCACAACUUCACCCCAGAGGUUCCCCUGUGGUGGGUAGACUUGGGGCAGCAGGAAGAAGACGGUCCAUCUCUAUCGUCACAGACGCUUGGGGUGGGGGAGGUGGUGACUAAGGUGGUUUUGAGAACCGACUCGGAAUUCAUGAUUUAUUACAAGUUACUGCAAACACAACUUCUGAGAUCAGGAGUGGCUAUUCCCCAACUGACGGGAAUCCCCAGAAAGCCUGCCCAAGUCCAAGUGCCCCAUAUUACUGGGCUGCUUCCUCAUAGGGGAGAUUUCUGGAGCCCCAUCUAACCUUGGUGCACAGUGGUUCUUCCUGUUGUUGGGGCCACCAGCUCUGACUUAUGCCCCCUAGGGCUGGCUAAACCUUGCCCCCAACCUGAAGCCGUCCAGGAAGACGUCACUUUCCAGGGCAUCCUUCCAGGAACCGACCAUGGCCUAGACAAAAGGCUUUUGUGUGUCUGACCAGUGGCUCUGUCUGAAGCCCUCAAACCUACCCUGGUCUUGGUCCAGACAAUGAACACCUGCUGACAUAGGCCUUAUCUGCAGCGUGCCUUCAGCCCAGCUGCCACACUCUCCCCAACCUCAGUGGGGGCCUGGCAGGGUCUAGGGUGGGACAGACCUUGCUCCCCUGGAAGACAGAGAAGCUGGGGAAGGGACAAUUUACUCACAGCCAGGGACCUAGAAGGAUGCUGAGGCCCCCUCCCUGCCCCAACCGACAGCCCCUGCUUCACACCCCCAGUAACCCUGAGUCCUUUCCACUUUUUCCCUCUCCAUAGCCCCUCCCCUCCUCUCUCACCCGGGCAAACAGCCCCCCUAUCCAUCCAAUGACCGUGUCCCUCACUUGCUCCCAUGAAAUGGACUCUCCAGAGAAACCUGCAAAACAGGAUCGGGAUCAGGCAGAGGUAGCCCUGCUCAAAACUGUCCAGGAUCUUCCCACUGUCCGAGUAAAUUCCCAAUUCCCGCGAUAGCCAACCAAGUCCUUGGCGGGCCCCUGCCCCCUUCUGGAUAUCUCCUCCACAAGUCCUAUCCCACUGGCCUUACUGCCCACGCGAGACCAAGACCCUCCCACCUCCAGCCUUGGCCUUCACUGCCCUCCACAGCUGAUUCCUCAUCCUUGGGCUUCUGCCUAAAGGUCACCUAAAGGAGGCCACCUGGAUUUACCACACCCUGUUAGGACCCCCACCACAGUUUGUAAAUGAACAUUUAUUAGUGUGACUUGUUUUUGUUUUUGUUGUUUCCGUCUUGACCAUACCGGACUAUGAGCUAAGAUCAGGGUCAGAUCUUGCUCCCCGCCCUGUCCAGCGCCUGGAACAGUGCUCGGAACAGAUUAGGCACUACAUAAAUAUUUGCGAAAUGAAUGAGUGUACGUAAGCAAGCAGAGGUAUCCCUGAGGCCACUCCUGACGUGGAGUUAACCCUUUCAUGCUGGCUACAGGAUCCGGGGCCGUUCGGUGCGCACAGGAGUCCAGAGACAUGUGCAGCUUCCUUUGCAGGCACGGCCCCACCCAGCCUUGCCAGGCGCCCGUUGCCGUGGCACCGGCCAUGGAGGCUAAUCCCGGGACCCGGCCCUAGAGCGCCGGGGCCUUCUGUGCGCUCACGGCCCCGCCCCGCGUUGCCAGGGCGCCGCGCAGCCGGCCCUUGGGCGAGCCGGGGCUGAAGGCACAGAUUCUGGCCGCCCGCACGUGGGACAGUCGGAGCGGAGCGAUGGGGGCGUCAAGGGCCGCAACACGGACUUCGCCUAAACCACAGCCCGAGUCCACGGCUCGGCCGCGGCGCACCUUCCACAACACGUUCCUCUUCUACUGGAGAAAGCGGGAGCGCCGCCCUGGACAACGCAAGCCUGGCUUGGACCGCGGAACUAGCCCCAGGGGUGCCGCGAGGACGCGGGCCUCCGGCCUCACCCGGGCCUCCGGCGCAUUUUUGGACCCGACGCAGUCCUCCCGCUCGGCCUCCUCCCGGGUGCGGGUCGCGCAUCCCAGCCCUGCCUCUGUGCUGGACCCCGCCUCCACGGCGGACCCCGCCCCGGCCCCAGGCUCCGCCCCCGAACCCGCCCUCAGCCCCAACUCAGGCCCGGCCUCCACGCCCGAACCCGCGGCGCGCGCGCCCGGCUCCUGUGGCCGCGCCCUGGCGGCGGCGCGCGCGCUGGCCUGGAGGCCGACUUGGAGGCCGAGCUGGAGACCGAGCUGGAGGCCGAGCUGGCCCGGCAGACAUUGCGCGGGCAAUAUGGCGGCGCCCAGCGAUCGGGGGCGCUUCGGCGGCGGGAACCUCUUUUCCUUCCUGCCAGGCGGCGCGCGCUCCGAGGCGAUGGAGGACCUGGUGACGGACGCGCGCGGCCGGGGGGCAGGGCGGAGAGAUGCCGCCGCCUCGGCCCCGACGCUAACCCAGGCACCGACCCCCGAUUCUGAGGUCGUCGAUGACACCUCCCGAAGGCGGCCCUGCCGGGCUUGCGUGGACUUCAAGACGUGGAUGCGGACGCAGCAGAAGCGGGACAGCAAGUUUAGGGAAGAUUGUCCUCAGGAUCGCGAGGAAUUGGGCCGCCACAGCUGGUCUGUCCUUCACACCCUGGCCGCCUACUACCCUGACGUGCCCACCGCAGAACAGCAGCAAGACAUGGCCCAGUUCAUACAUUUAUUUUCCAAGUUUUACCCCUGUGAGGAGUGUGCAGAAGACAUAAGGAAAAGGAUAUGCAGGAACGAGCCAGACACGAGCACACGGGCCUGUUUAACCCAGUGGCUAUGCCGUCUGCACAAUGAAGUGAACCGCAAGCUCGGCAAGCCGGACUUCGACUGCUCCAAAGUGGACGAGCGCUGGCGUGACGGCUGGAAGGACGGCUCCUGUGACUAGAGGGCGGCCAGCUGGAGCCCAUGGGGCAGCCAGCCAGGGCCUAUGGAUGACCUGGUUAGAGAGGGGCAGGGCACUCAUUAAAGUGCGUUGGAGUACUCUUUAAAAGUGUGGCAGAGCCAGAGCCUGUUGUGUCUCAGUUGGGUGACCCCCAGACUUUGCCCAUGGAGCCCUUUCCUUCUCAGGUUUGGAAUUGGAGCUGUCUGCUGUAGGCACCCCAGUGGCUUCCUCUUCGGCCAAGGACCUGUGGGGCUACAGGUGAAGGAGUGUCCCUUUUCAUUCAGGAUAUGGCCUCCUGCCCACCCCACACCCUGGUGCCCACUUCCCCACACAGGAAGGUGUCAGGCUUGGCUGGGGUCCCCACACCUCUAAAGCCAGGCCAUUAUCUCCCUACUGUGUAGCUAGGGACAGCUGCAGUGACUGGAGCUCCAGAGGAUGUGUGCUGUUUGCACUUCAGGAAAGAGGCCUGGGAGCUAAACUCUCCACCCUGCUCUGUCCUUGCAGGGACUGAGGGAAAGUGCAGGCAGCAUUCUUCUCUGCAUGUCCAACAACCCUGCUGCCCAUUUCCGGUCUAGCAUGUGGCCUUCCAUAGCUGUACCAGUUUCACCCCCAAUAAAACACCUCUGGGGCCAGCUUCCUCGGAGCUUGGGACCAAAAUAAAAUGCCGGAGAAGCUGA